AAGACGAUUACUUUGGAAGUUGAAAGUUCAGACACUAUCGAUAAUGUUAAAGCGAAAAUUCAGGACAAAGAAGGGAUUCCUCCGGAUCAGCAAAGAUUGAUCUUUGCUGGGAAACAACUCGAAGAUGGGCGAACCCUCGCGGAUUACAAUAUCCAGAAAGAGUCUACACUACACCUUGUCCUAAGGCUUCGUGGUGGGAUGCAGAUUUUCGUUAAGACGUUGACCGGAAAGACGAUUACUUUGGAGGUUGAAAGUUCAGACACAAUUGAUAAUGUUAAAGCAAAAAUCCAGGACAAAGAAGGGAUCCCUCCGGACCAGCAGAGAUUGAUCUUUGCUGGGAAACAACUUGAAGACGGUAGAACACUUGCAGACUACAACAUCCAAAAGGAGUCGACUCUCCAUCUUGUGCUGCGUUUGAGGGGCGGCAUGCAAAUCUUUGUCAAGACAUUGACCGGAAAGACAAUCACUUUAGAAGUUGAGAGUUCGGACACUAUCGACAAUGUUAAGGCGAAAAUCCAAGACAAAGAAGGAAUCCCACCCGACCAGCAGAGAUUGAUCUUUGCAGGUAAGCAGCUGGAAGAUGGUAGGACGCUUGCCGAUUAUAACAUCCAAAAGGAGUCGACUCUUCAUUUGGUACUGCGGUUGAGGGGAGGAAUGCAAAUCUUCGUAAAGACUUUGACGGGCAAAACGAUCACUUUGGAGGUCGAGAGUUCAGAUACGAUCGACAACGUCAAAGCUAAAAUUCAAGAUAAGGAAGGAAUUCCCCCGGACCAGCAGAGGUUAAUCUUUGCUGGUAAACAACUCGAAGAUGGCCGAACCCUCGCAGAUUACAAUAUCCAAAAAGAAUCUACACUCCACCUUGUCCUAAGGCUUCGUGGUGGGAUGCAGAUUUUUGUGAAAACUCUUACCGGGAAGACCAUCACUCUUGAAGUCGAGAGCUCAGAUACGAUCGAUAAUGUCAAAGCAAAGAUCCAGGACAAGGAAGGCAUUCCUCCGGACCAGCAAAGAUUGAUCUUUGCUGGCAAGCAACUCGAAGAUGGUCGAACCCUCGCUGAUUACAAUAUCCAGAAAGAAUCUACACUCCACCUUGUCCUAAGGCUUCGUGGUGGGAUGCAGAUUUUUGUAAAAACUCUUACCGGCAAAACAAUCACUUUGGAGGUUGAAAGUUCAGACACAAUCGACAACGUCAAAGCCAAAAUCCAAGACAAGGAAGGGAUCCCUCCAGACCAGCAAAGAUUGAUCUUCGCUGGAAAGCAACUUGAAGAUGGUCGAACCCUCGCUGAUUACAAUAUCCAGAAAGAAUCGACUCUCCAUCUUGUCCUAAGACUUCGUGGUGGAAUGCAGAUUUUUGUUAAGACUUUGACUGGAAAGACAAUCACUUUGGAGGUCGAAAGUUCAGACACAAUCGACAACGUUAAAGCCAAAAUCCAAGACAAAGAAGGGAUCCCUCCAGACCAGCAAAGACUGAUCUUUGCCGGAAAGCAACUUGAAGAUGGUAGAACAUUGGCGGAUUACAACAUUCAAAAGGAAUCAACUCUCCAUCUUGUGUUGCGGUUGAGGGGUGGCAUGCAAAUCUUCGUCAAGACAUUGACUGGAAAGACGAUUACUUUGGAAGUCGAAAGUUCAGACACAAUCGACAAUGUUAAAGCCAAAAUCCAAGACAAAGAAGGCAUCCCUCCGGACCAGCAAAGACUAAUCUUUGCAGGUAAGCAGCUCGAAGAUGGCAGAACGCUGGCUGAUUACAAUAUUCAGAAAGAAUCGACUCUCCACCUUGUGCUAAGGCUUCGUGGUGGGAUGCAAAUUUUCGUAAAGACAUUGACUGGAAAGACAAUCACUUUGGAAGUUGAAAGUUCAGACACAAUCGACAAUGUCAAGGCGAAAAUCCAGGACAAAGAAGGUAUCCCUCCAGACCAGCAAAGACUGAUCUUUGCCGGUAAGCAGCUCGAAGAUGGUAGAACACUUGCCGAUUAUAACAUUCAAAAGGAGUCGACUCUUCAUUUGGUGCUGCGAUUGAGAGGAGGAAUGCAAAUCUUCGUCAAGACUUUGACGGGCAAAACGAUCACUUUGGAGGUGGAGAGUUCCGAUACAAUCGACAAUGUGAAAGCAAAGAUUCAAGAUAAGGAAGGGAUUCCACCGGACCAGCAAAGGCUCAUCUUUGCUGGGAAACAGCUCGAAGACGGACGCACGCUUGCCGAUUAUAAUAUCCAGAAGGAGUCCACCCUCCACCUUGUGCUCCGUCUUCGUGGUGGUGGUCACGUUUGAUGAAUUUGUAUUUGAAUUUGUUUUUAAACUUCAACUUUGUCAGAACAAUGUAUUGAUUUUUCUUUUUUUAAUUACUGUUUUUCCGUAAUAUGUUUUGACAUUCUAUUUUACGCCAUGAUUUGAUAUAUAAUAAUGCAGUUUUUCUUUCUUA